GCGCUGCCGCUGAUUGGAAGAGGACGAAAGGGGGUUUCGGGAACUCGGUCUGCUCUCGGCUCGAGAAAGCUGAAGACUUGUUGGGGGGAAAGGAGGGAACCGACAGGCGCUUGACGGGGCGGCGACGCGGGGGGCUGAGGAAAUGCAUCAUUUUGAAGAAGAACUAACUUGUUCCAUUUGCUAUAGCAUAUUUGAUGAUCCCCGUGUACUGCCAUGCUCACAUACAUUUUGUAGAAAUUGUCUUGAAAAUGUUCUUCACUUGUCAAGCAAUUUUUCUAUUUGGAGACCCUUAAGACUUCCCCUAAAGUGCCCCAACUGUAGAACCAUUGUUGAAAUUCCUCCAUCUGGUACAGACUCUUUACCAGUAAACUUUGCAUUAAAAGCUAUUAUUGAAAAGUAUCAGCAAGAAGACCAUCCAGAUGUUGCAACAUGUAGUGAACAUUAUAGACAGCCAUUAAAUGUUUACUGCCUUCUAGACAGAAAGUUAGUGUGUGGCCAUUGCCUUACAAUAGGAAAGCAUAAUGGCCAUCCUAUAGAUGAUCUUCAAAGUGCCUACAUGAAAGAAAAAGAGACGCCUGCCAAACUUCUUGAACAGUUGACUGAUAAGCAUUGGAGUGAAGUAUGCAUGCUAAUUGAAAACCUGGAAAAACAGAAAGCUCAGUGUGAGAGCAUUGUACAAGAGGAUAUAAAGACUGUGCUGCAGUAUUUUAAGAGACUCAGUGAUGUACUUGAUCACAAAAAACAGGCAUUGCUUGCAGCUUUGGAUGAAGUGAACACACAGAUUGUGGCAGAAUAUGAACCUCUAAUUGAGAAGUUGAAGGGACUACGAGAAGAACAACUUGAACUUAUGUCGCUGAAUACACCUGUUCAGGAGGACUCGGAGUCACCCCUUCUUUUUCUGGAAAAGGUUGAGGAUAUGCGUCAGCGUGUCAAAGCUUUAAAGCAAAAACCAUUACCAGAAGUUAAGCCUGUUGAAAUCUAUCCUCGAAUAGGACAGGUGCUAAAAGAAGUGUGGACCAAAACUGAAAUUAGUCAGAUCAACAAGAUUCUCAUUCCAAAGAUAAAACUAGUUUCAAAAGGAAAAGUAUGCAACCCUGGCUAUGAGAAGGAAAAUAGACAAGCUAAAGAAUUUUUGUGGCCUUUAGUAAUUACAAUUAUUUCUCUGAUUGUAGUUGCUAUCAUCUUUAGCCAACAGUUAAUGUCAUUUGUAAAUGAAAUAGCCUUGCUGUAUGUUCUAGAUGCCUUGCAAAUAGUUUAUGAAAACUUAAGUAAGAGGUUGGAGGUAGUGGUGGAAACACUGUGGCAUACUUCUAAUCGUCUAUUGGACUAUCUAUGUACAGUAGUUCGUUCUUCCUUGUGAAUAUUUUGAGUAGUAUUUUCUGCUAAAUUAAGAAUAUAAAAGCCCUUCUGGAUUAUUUUAAUUUUUUAAAAUGAAUUUUUAAUCCCUAUGCUAAAUCUAGUAUGGUAACUAUUAGUGACUUAUGAUGGAGCCUUUUAUCAGCUGUGUCAAACUUUCACUACCCAGCAUUGUGAACAAAUAUGUCGGCACCAGUCAUGAAUAUCAGGAUAUUAAAAAUUAAAUCAAACUAUUAGUUUGAACUGUAUGGACUCCCUCUUGCAAAUAAGACUUUUGAGCCUAUUUGAGCAGUUUGUGAUAUUCAUAUGUGAGAAUGCAACUUACAUAUUGUUUCACCCUUACCUGUGUUGACAAGCUGCAGUCAGACAGUAUGAGGAACGGGUUGGGACUAGAGAGUAGAGGCACAUUAAAGGCAAAUUUUGAUUCACUUGCAGUCACAUCUGAUCCUGCCUUCCUUUUGUCUGUCUUAAUUCCUUCUGUUCUAUCUACAGUGGACCCUCGACUUAGUCGGCUCGACUUAGACUUUUCGAAUUACAAACUUCUCUGGCUGCAAAAUUUAGGUUCGACUUGCAGCCGGAGAAUCAACCUACAGACCAGAA